AUGUCUGAAGCACGUGACAUAUCCUGUGGAUACAGUUUGCACAAAUCAAACCCUGACUGUCAACCGACACCGGGACCAUGUGACAGAAUUCACACAGAAGAGAAGCCAUUUUCAUGUACAGAAUGUGAGAAGUGUUUUAGUCGGAAGUCAUAUCUUGUUCAACAUCAGAGAAUUCACACAGGAGAGAAACCGUAUUCAUGCUCAGAAUGUGAGAAGAGUUUUAGUCAUAAAAUAAAUCUUGCACGUCAUGAGAAAAUUCACACAGGAGAGAAGCUGUUUUCAUGUACAGAAUGUGAGAAGUGUUUUCGCCAGAAGUCAAUUCUUUUUCAACAUCAGAGAAUUCACACAGAAGAGAAGCCAUUUUCAUGUACAGAAUGUGAGAAGUGUUUUAGUCAGAAGUCACAUCUUGUUCAACAUCAGAGAAUUCACACAGGAGAGAAGCCGUUUUCAUGUACAGAAUGUGAGAAGUGUUUUAGUCAAAAGUCAGAUCUUGUUCAACAUCAGAUUAUUCAUACAGGGAUAAAGCCAUUUAAAUGUACAGAAUGUGAGAAAUGUUUUAAAGAUAAAUCAAAUCUUUUGAAACAUUUAAAAAUUCACACGAGGAAGUAG